UAAAUAUUUGAAUCCGAAGUUAAAAUAUAGCUCUUAGAGCGUUGAGUGUAGAUUACAAUGGCACAGUUUCAGUUACGAAGGCUUCGCGAUCGGACCUCACAACUAUGAGAGUAUAACUGGUGUAUUACUAUUUGUGAUGUAUGCAUUCUUUUGAAAUGGCAAAUAUUAAGUAUCAGCUUAUUAAAGCGGAAACCGCAUGGCCGCAUGGCGGGAGAAUCGUCGUGCAUAAGUUUCUAAAAAUCAGCGCUUUAUGUGGCAUCUUUCUGCUAAUUGUCUGCUAUAGUUGGUCCACCUGCGUUACAAUUAUCCCAUCUCAGGGCUAUAGUCCGUCAGACUGCACGGGCUCAACUAACGAUCAGUAUGACGCUUCCACUGAACAAACUGAGUCCAGUCCAGACGAAAAAAUUUAUACAUCGACUCGAGCACAGUUAAUACCAUUUAUACGGCGAAACGAAACCUUGGGUCCCAACAUAUUGGACAACUACUUUGUGUACACCUCGCAAUGUCGCAUGCCCGCUCUGAAUCCCUUUGCCAGGGAUGCGCUUAGGAUAUUCAAAAAGACAACGUAUAACACUUGCGACCCAAGCAUGGAUCUAAUAUCUGUAGUCUAUGAUGACGGCAAUCAACGCUAUAAGCUGCACAUGAAUGAACCGAAAAUCAAAUGUUGCUAUAAGGCGAUUCUGCGCAGCGGAAAUGGUGCCGAGGCGGACAACAAGUUCAAAUUGCUGCCAUGCACUUAUUUUCCCCAGGAUUUCGUCGUGCCACAACGCGUAGAUGCGGUCAUCACCGAAUGCCGUCGCUUGAAGGACAAAAAGUUGUUGCAACAGGAUGCCUUUGGCUUUGUGCAACCAGCGAAACAUGUGGGCAAUCGCACUACUUUGAAUAAUUCGAUUGUGGAUCAAUCCCCUGAGAGUAGACCCAGUGUCCUGCUCUGGGGCAUUGACUCCAUGUCGCGAAUGAACUUCCAGCGAACCAUGCCGCUGAUGUACAAGUAUCUGAGGAAGGAGAACUGGUACGAGCUGCAGGGCUACAACAAGAUGGGAGAUAACACAUUUCCCAAUUUAAUGGCGCUGCUCACAGGAUUUAACAACACAAGAUCAAUGUCUGUCUGCCGGCCAAAAUCGGUGGCUGGCUUGGAUGCUUGCCCAUUACUCUGGCAGACGUACAGGCAGCUGGGAUAUAUAACAGCCUAUGCCGAAGACUGGGGUCGAUUUUCUACAUUUAACUAUAACAAGAAGGGAUUCGUCAAACCGCCAACAGAUUACUAUCCACGUCCUCUCAUGCUCGCCGUCGAGAAGGAGCUCAAAAAAGUAUUGGUUUCCAGAAUACCCUACUGCGUUGGGCGUCGACAUUAUGCGGAGUACAUUUACGAUUAUGCCAUACAGUUUACUAGGGUGCACAAAAAUCAGUCCACCUUUGGCAUGUUCUGGACGAAUUCCUUUAGCCACAACGACUUUGCCCUGCCCUCUUCCAUGGAUGCCAAGAUCCUUGAAUAUAUGCACACAUUGCAGAAAAAUGGAAUCUUUGAAAAGUCCAUAAUUCUAUUCUUUAGUGAUCAUGGCAUGCGAUUCGGUCCACUGCGCAGCCUGGAUAGUGGAUUCUUGGAGGAACGCAUGCCUAUAUUAUAUAUCUGGCUGCCAAACUGGUUUAGGCACAAAUAUCCGCAGUUUGUGCAUAAUUUACAGCUGAAUAGGAAUCGUUUAACCUCGCCCUUUGACAUCCAUGCUACGUUGCGGCACAUUCUGGAGCUGGACACGCCGCUGGCAGAGCUGUCGCGACCCGAAGGCUGCCCCAGUUGUCAUAGCAUCUUUUAUGAAGUCGCCGAGUCGAGGGACUGCCGGGAUGCGGGCAUUACCGAUCAUUGGUGUACUUGCCACACGUUCAAAAAUAACUCACUAACUGAUUACCAUAUUAAGGAAAUCUCACAACAGUUGAUUAAUGCCACAAACGCCUAUCUUGUGGCCAACAAUCUGACCGACGUUUGUCAGACUCUAAGAUUGUCAAACAUCGAGUCGGUGCAGAGAAAAAUUAGUUUGAAAGCGAAGGCAUUUGAAUCGUAUCUUGUCAGGUACGAGGCCCAACCGGAGAAUGCCCUGUUUGAGGCUUCAACAGAUUGGAACAACAAAACUCAGCGAAUCUCCAUAAGCGUGCCUGAUAUAAGUCGUCUGGACUCGUACAGUCAGCUAUCCAAGUGCGUAGAAGAUAAUAUUGCUAAAAAGUUUUGCAUAUGCUAUGACUAUGCAGAGCUCAAGCCCUAAUAUUGUCUAUUUCCGCAUUUGUUUAUCUCCGAGAUAAAUGCAUUUAUAAUUUAUAUUAGUUCUUCCUUGGAAGUCCCAAGCUGGAUGUUUGCUAUCAAAUAAUUGAGCUAUUUUCAUCGUGAUAUGGCCUGUGCACAAAGUUUUAUUUAAAUACAUAAUUGAUGUUAAUAUUAAUUUAUAGGCAUUUAUAGCCAUACUCUAUAGUCUUAUGAUUAAGAUUCAAUAUUGUGUAGUAUUCAAGAUCAUUUGAAGUGUGCUAUAGAAGUGAAUAUAAUACGUUAAAAAUACGAUUGGUUGUAAACUUGCCAUUUGCACUAAUCGCAUUUUUUUUUAUUAGUAGCUCUAAAAGUUAUAAUUCUUGUUAAAGAUAUAAAGCCAAAUGAUUUCACUUUC